AUGAUAAGAAUUGAUUUAAAAGAGGCUCAAGGAAAUCUGAGGGGCUUAAAGUAGGAGAGAAAGUAUCAAUAAUUAAGUAUAAUAGUUGGAGAAGACUCUAAAUAGAUAUUUUUAAUUUGAUUAAGGGUUGUGUUUUUUGA